CUCCGGAAACAGUCUACCAGUAAACCAGCGAGACUCGGCACAAUGCAGUUAGAUAGUUAACGAUUUAAAUCAGCCUAAUUUGUACAUUUUCCGACUCAGGUUGUUAAGCAACGAUUUGAAGUCCGGAAAUAGCACGGAUCUAGUUUGUGGUUGUUUUUUUUUCCGAGUAGGACUUGUUAACAAACUAAUGUAACUUGUUAGCGUAGGUGGCUAACGCUGCAGAUGCGGAAAGAUUAAAUAUUGUAGAUGAUCGGUACAUAAUGUAGCUUCAGUCAAGUCGUCAAUUUAUUUGGGUAGUGGACUUAUCCUGGAUCCGUUAACCGGUUGCUGUGCUGGAGUGACCCGUGAGCAGAUAAUAUAAUAAUAUAAUAGGUUUCACGGGAGGAUGAGAAGGUUUUUGUAAAGAGUGAUUAAACAGGCUGGGCUGCAGGCUCAAGUGUCCGGGAAUGUCCUUUUACACCAUCCCUGGCAGAAAACCGUAGACAAGUCUGACAGAAAAGGAUAGUGGAGUUGUUUUUUUUUUUUUUUUUUGAAAGUGCAGGGCAGGUUUGAAAAAUAAAAUGAAAGUGUUGGAGAAAAAUGUGACUCGCCUGGCGGCCGUGCAGCAGCUCCGUGCAGCAUAUGGCAUCAAGACAAAGAACUGGAACAAAAACAAAGCAGCCAGCUGCAAACCAACAGCCACGUACUCGGCAAAGGUUUUUGGUGUGUCCUUGGACAGCUUACCGUACUAUAAUAUGGAAUGUGGAAAGGUGCCAAGCUUUCUGGUUGAUGCAUGUAUGAAGCUGCUGGCACAUGUUGACACAGAGGGCCUAUUCAGAAAAUCGGGCUCCGUCGUUCGCUUGAAAGCCCUCAGGGGGAAGCUGGAGGUGGGAGAGGAGUGCUUGUCGACCGCUCUCCCCUGCGAUGUGGCGGGUCUGGUGAAGCAGUUCUUCAGAGAGCUUCCAGAGCCGGCGCUACCCACAGACCUGCAGGACGCCUUCCUCAAGGCCCAGCAGCUCCCCACGGAGGAGGAGAGGACGUCUGCCACUGUCCUGCUGUCUUGUGUGCUGCCAGACAAAAACAUUUGUGUCUUAACUUACUUUUUUGACUUUCUUCACAAUGUGUCUCUGAGGAGUGCAGAAAAUAAAAUGGACAGCAGCAACUUGUCAGUAAUCUUGGCACCAAACCUCCUCCACUGUGGAGAUAUGACAGAGAAGAUAAACGCCGCCACAGAGAAACGGCUCAAACUCCAGGCAGCCACGGUGCAGUGCCUCAUAGAGAACGCUUCCAACUUCGGCGUGCUACCACAGUUUCUUCAGGAGAAGAUUCCCGCCAUGAUGGGCUGUGAGCCAGGCGUUCCGUCUCUCACUCACGAUGACCUUGAAGAGCUCGAUCCAAACGUAGGGGUGAAGAGGAAACAGAGACGCAGCUUUGGAGAUGUGGUCAGUGGUGCACUGAGUAAGAUCAAAACUAAUAGAACACCCACAAAUGUCCCCCAGGAAGACGGUCUUGUCUUUUCCUCUGCAACUCCUGUGAUUGCAACUCCAUCCACCAAGAGAAAACUUCCCUCGGAAUCCGUCCACUCUUUUGGGUUUUCAAACAAGAAGCGUCGAUCCAUCAAAAAGAACCUCGGGUUAGAAUUACUCCCCAGCGCCUUGUUCAGCGGGACCUCCACUCCAGGAUCAGUCCACAGCGCUUCAGGGGUCUUGGACUCUUCCCGAAAUACCCUGUCGUCAGCGGGGACGUCUAGAAGGCAACCCGCUACCUCCGUGAGGAGGAAGAGCAAAAGACAGAGCAACAGACAUGUUAUCAACAGAGUUGAAUCUGGACGAUCUGGCUGCUUUUCUCCGAAAGUCAACAAAAAAGAAGCUCCGCGCAAGUCUCUGCGCCUGCGGUUCAGCCUGGGGAGGAGCAGCAAAGACGCUGGAACUGGGUCCAUCGGCUUGCGGCUUGCCACACAGGAGAGCACCACCAGCUUCUUAUUCACCAAAGAGAUGGAGUUCAGUCCAUCAGUGUACGCAGGAAAAACUGAAUCCAAGGGCUCCAAGUACAUCAGCAAGUCUGAAGACAACUUGCUGUCGCCCCAGUGUGACCGAAGUGCCCAUCGGACCUCGUGGGGUGGGGACACCCCUGUAAGAGCCAAGUCUUCCAGCGGAGGGUCCUUCACAGACACCCCCGUGGACACGUGUCUGAAGAGUGGCUACGUGUCGGAGCCUGUCGUAUCCAAGUCUCCAGGCGUGAGCAGCCUGCCAAUGAAGCUGUGUUGUGCUUCUAGUGCCGAGAGCCUUGAGAGCGAGCACUCCAUCACUGAAAAUCUGAGACGAGCCAGUCCAGCUCUGAUGGAGAACAGGAAGGCCUCAACGGCGCCCGGCGCCGACCUCCAGGCUGACUUUCCAGACUCUGGUAGCUUCAUAGAGGAGAAUGUACUAAAAGCAUCAGCCAGCAUCCAUUGUUGUCCACUCGAGACUCCCACAGUCAGAGUGUUGAAUGUGGCUGCCGAAAUCUGCUACCCAACUGUGCAGAGUUUUAUUGUCAGUGAACAGACCGUUACUUUCGGCCAAACUGAAACUGCUGCGCUCUCUCCUUUGCAUAUUGAUAGUGUAAUCUUUGAGUCGAGUGGUAACUGUACUCCGGUUGGUAAAAGUGGUCAAACUUCCCCCUUCAGUAGCAUUAACGGCAGCAUGCUGGGAAACUGCAGCCAGCUUAUUGAUGCUCUGGACAUCCAGAGUCCGGCUCAAUUCAAACCCGGAGUCCGCCCCAGACUGCAGUCAACUCCAGGAAAACCGCGGGUCCAAGUCAAAGAUCAGCUCGUAACGCCGACUAAAAUGACUACUCCAGUCAAAGAAUUACAUGAGAUGUUAGAAUCCUCCCCGGAUAUUCCUACCAAAGUCCAAAGCCAACCGUUCCCUUCACCGUGCGGCCAGAAAACCGAAGAACCCCGGGUGGCAGAACACAUCCAACGCUUCAACAAGCUCACCCUUCGUUCUCCCUCAGGAUCCAAACCCCACCAAAUCAGGCAGCCCCUCAAGUUUCAGCGCACCCCCGUGCGGCAGACUGUCCGCAGGAUCAACUCCCUCAUGGGAGAGAGCAGCAGGCCCGUCAGGAGAACGGACUCCACGGCCUCCCGCGGCGGCCAUGUGGCGAAGGCUGUGAGUCUGGAGAGCGGCCUGUCCCCUCUGCCGAAGCUCCAGCCUCAACCGGGACGGACGCACGUGGAACUACGCAGCGGCACGCUCCCUAAGAAGAACCCCCCUCCGGUCCCACCGAGGAAGCAAAGCACCAUGGCUUCAAAACUCAGCUUGUGUGCUUUGGGCGACGUGACCAACAAGGUCCAACCAAAGAGCAAAAUGGACUUCUCUGCUGCAGAACCACCAGGAGCCCAGAAGUGUGUUGUGCAGCAGGUUACAGAGAAAGACAUGAGCCAUUACAGAGGUUCUCCCAGAAACCCUCUCAACCAAGGAAGACUGCUGUCUGCCACCAAACCCAUUGACUUGUAGUGGAUAUUCCUUCCUUUUUUUCCCCCUUUUAAUCUUUUCUCUUGCUAAGCAGCUUCUUUCUGGUCAGACUACAAGAUAUUAAACAUUCCAACUCGUACAUUUUCAGGGUCUUAAUUUAUUAUUUAGCAACAUUAGAUGCUGUGCGUGAUGUUUUGAGACCUAAUUGGGCGUUGUUGAAACGCUUUGCAUAAGACGCAUCGGCCUGUAAUGUGACAUAACUGGUCUUGUUAGACUGGUGUAAAGGCCAAAUUAUGUUCAAUGCGAUUGGAGGUGUGACUGGCAAUGCUUUGUGUUUUUAUUUAUGCAUUUCUGAUAGAUGUUUAGAGAAAAAGUAGAAUUGAAAAUAAAAGCCAUUGCCUUUUCUUUUUUUUUUUUUUGAAAUACUGAAUAUUUUCCUGCCUUGCAACAUGAACAUGAAGAAAAAAAGCACCUUUUUUAAUAGAUUUUUAUGGAACAGAAAGAGCUAAACAAUGUGAGUAUGUCAUCUAUCGCAAUCCUUUAAUUUCAAAACGUCCAGUCAGGAAAAUGCUUUGCCUGGUGAAAGUGCCUCAGACUAAAUAAAGUGGCCUGC